AUGGUAAAGUUUGUCCCACUGUUGGCUAUAUUGGCCCUCUUAGCGAUCCAAAGUGGAUUGACAGAGCAUGCUCACAGUUUCGCGCAUUUUUAUGGACCUGUCAAAGGACCCGGCCAUGAAAUAGUUGUCCAUGAUAAGCACGGUCAUCAUCAUGUAGAUUACAUCGCACAUCCCAAGUACGAGUUCGCGUAUGGCGUCGAGGACCAUCACACAGGCGAUUAUCAUGGACAAAAAGAGCAAAGGGACGGCAAAAAAGUUAUCGGCGAGUACAUCAUCAAGGAACCGGGCGGUAACACUAGGAUCGUGACGUAUCAUGUCGAUCCUCACGGAGGAUUUUUUGCCCAUGUUCAUAACUCUGGUGGUAAUAACCACCAUGGCGGUACGUAUGGCGGUCACGGACAGAAGUAUCACUGA